AUGAUAUUCACUGCACAGGGGGAAAAGUGGAACGGUGAGUAACCUGUAGUCCUAACUGUCCUCUUCUCUCCUGUGUCUGUCUCCAGCUAUGCAGCAGGUUCUGGACACUCUGAGUGACAGCACCAGCUCCACCAUAGCCAAUGACCUGGACCUCAUCUUCCUCAAGGGCAUCAUGGAGAGUCCUGUGGUGAGAAUAUAUGUAUACCUACAGUGCACUUACUUUUCUAUGGAUCUGUUCCACUGUGUUGGGUUUGUCGGUAUAAGGCUAUAGCUUUCUUGAACAAAAGACAACUGUAUUGUCAUGGGCGUUUUGAUUCAAGGACAUUAUGAACUUCCUGUAUGAGACACAAAGUAACUUCUCUGUACAACCUUAUGAGGCACAAAGUUCACCAAAAAGUACAAAGAAGCCACUUUCUUGUGAGAGAAGAGAUACCAAAACAAUAACUUGCCUUAUCCACUGUUCUUUUUAAUGAUGACUGCAACUAGUUUUCCAACAUACAGUGGGGAGAACAAGUAUUUGAUACACUGCCGAUUUUGCAGGUUUUCCUACUUACAAAGCAUGUAGAGGUCUGUAAUUUGUAUCAUAGGUACACUUCAACUGUGAGAAAAUCACAUUGUAUGAUUUUAAAGUAAUUUUAUUGCAUGACAUAAGUAUUUGAUACAUCAGAAAAGCAGAACUUAAUAUUUGGUACAGAAACCUUUGUUUGCAAUUACAGAGAUCAUACGUUUCCUGUAGGUCUUGACCAGGUUUGCACACACUGCAGCAGGGAUUUUGGCCCACUCCUCCAUACAGACCUUCUCCAGAUCCUUCAGGUUUCGGGGCUGUCGCUGGGCAAUAUGGACUUUCAGCUCCCUCCAAAGAUUUUCUAUUGGGUUCAGGUCUGGAGACUGGCUAGGCCACUCCAGGACCUUGAGAUGCUUCUUACGGAGCCACUCCUUAGUUGCCCUGGCUGUGUGUUUCGGGUCGUUGUCAUGCUGGAAGAUCCAGCCACGACCCAUCUUCAAUGCUCUUACUGAGGGAAGGAGGUUGUUGGCCAAGAUCUUGCGAUACAUGGCCCCAUCCAUCCUCCCCUCAAUACGGUGCAGUCGUCCUGUCCCCUUUGCAGAAAAGCAUCCCCAAAGAAUGAUGUUUCCACCUCCAUGCUUCACGGUUGGGAUGGUGUUCAUGGGGUUGUACUUAUCCUUCUUCUUUCUCCAAACAUGACGAGUGGAGUUUAGACCAAAAAGCUAUAUUUUUGUCUCAUCAGACCACAUGACCUUCUCCCAUUCCUCCUCUGGAUUAUCCAGAUGGUCAUUGGCAAACUUCAGACGGGCCUGGACAUGCGCUGGCUUGAGCAGGGGGACCUUGCGUGCGCUGCAGGAUUUUAAUCCAUGACGGCGUAGUGUGUUACUAAUGGUUUUCUUUGAGACUGUGGUCCCAGCUCUCUUCAGGUCAUUGACCAGGUCCUACCGUGUAGUUCUGGGCUGAUCCCUCACCAUCCUCAUGAUCAUUGAUGCCCCACGAGGUGAGAUCUUGCAUGGAGCCCCAGACCGAGGGUGAUUGACCGUCAUCUUGAACAUCUUCCAUUUUCUAAUAAUUGCGCCAACAGUUGUUGCCUUCUCACCAAGCUGCUUGCCUAUUGUCCUGUAGCCCAUCCCAGCCUUGUGCAGGUCUACAAUUUUAUCCCUGAUGUCCUUAAACAGCUCUCUGGUCUUGGCCAUUGUGGAGAGGUUGGAGUCUGUUUGAUUGAGUGUGUGGACAGGUGUCUUUUAUACAGGUAACGAGUUCAAACAGGUGCAGUUAAUACAGGUAAUGAGUGGAGAACAGGAGGGCUUCUUAAAGAAAAACUAACAGGUCUGUGAGAGCCGGAAUUCUUACUGGUUGGUAGGUGAUCAAAUACUUAUGUCAUGCAAUAAAAUGCAAAUUAAUUACUUAAAAAUCAUACAAUGUGAUUUUCUGGAUUUUUGUUUUAGAUUCCGUCUCUCACAGUUGAAGUGUACCUAUGAUAGAAAUUACAGACCUCUACAUGCUUUGUAAGUAGGAAAACCUGCAAAAUCGGCAGUGUAUCAAAUACUUGUUCUCCCCACUGUAUAUGGGAUAAGUGUUCUUCGUUUGAGUUCAAUUUGGAGCUUUUCAGCUUUUGAAGAGACUGAGGAUGGAGGGAAGGAGGAGGGUGAGGGAUAAAGGGAGUUGGGAGUAGCAGACUGGCUAUUGAGAGCAGCGCCCCACUGAGCUCUGAGUUGUCUUUUUUAUCCCAGAAUUUAAACGUCCUAAUUUUCCCGAAAAGAAAAGUGCAUGAUUCCAAAUUCAACGCCCUUAAAAAUAUUUUAAUUUUACAAAAGCUAUUAGAAUGAAAAGUUCACAGUUGAUAAACAACAUAAUAAAAAGUCAAUUUAAGUUUAGAACCUUGAGAAGGAAAUUAACAAAUCAAACUUGACAUUAACAUUGUAAUUAUUAAAAUUACAACAUAGUUCUGAUUGUUACAUCAUCUAUUCAAAUGCAGUUGAGACCUAGGAACUGUCAGAAGCUCAGAGCUUUUACAGUCCCAUAUCCUGGGGGAUACUCUGUUCUUUGCCAUGCUCUCAAAGAAAGAACAGACUCGCAGGCUCACUAAUGCUGUGUGGUCUUUCUCUCUCUCCGAUUCAGAGCAUUCAGACAGAAUGUUUUCUGGAAGCGAGAAGGAGAUGAGAGCUCUUUGGGGAGCACUGCAUCAAAUGCAUCCAGUUGCAUCUCUCUCUCGCUCUCACUCUGUCCUCCACUCCGCUUCUCUCAAGGCUGAUUUAUAUUCUGGGGGAGAUUUAUUAUUUGUGCGUGUGUGUGUCUAUCUGUGUGUGUGUGUGUGCCCAUUUUGUCUAUCUAUAUAUGGAGAACUCCUAAAGGAUUAAUUCACAGAUGCAUGCUGUAAGAACAUUGUUCUAUGUUCAAGUAUUGAAACUGGCGUUUUGAACAGAGUGUACUGUAGCUUGCCAUUGACCUCCAAGCAGGUCUAUUGUAUUAUUCUUCAUGGUAUUCUUCAUAGAGCAGCUAUGCCAAAAGCCAUUCACAAAGCUACAGUACAUCAUGAUCAAUUAUCAACGUGGCAGCUACUGCUUGGCUCCUUAUCAGAACUAUUGCUCCUUUAUUGAAACAUUGAAGUAGCUCAUGAGAUAACAAGCGGGCAAUUGCUCUUGCUCUCACUCACGUAUUGAGGUGGCCUAUGUCUUUUAAAUGAGACGACACAGACUUAAUAUGCUACACUAUUAGAAGAAAAGGUGCUAUCUAGAACCUAUAAAGGUUCUUCGGCUGUCCCCAUAGGAUAAUCCUUUGAAGAACCCUUUUUGGUUCAAGGUAGAACCCUUUUGGUUCGGUUCCAUGUAGAACCCUUUCCACAGAGGGUUAUAUAUGGAACCCAAAAGGGUUCUCCCUGGAACUAAAAAGGGUUCUACCUGGAACCAAAAAGGAUUAUCCUAUGGGGACAACUGAAGAACCCUUUUGGAACCCCUUUUUUUCUAAGAGUGUAUGCAUACAGUCCUCUCUGUGUUUGUUUUGUCAAUGCUCCCAUAUAAUAUUCCAAUUUGCAUAUAAAGUAGCUUACAAAGCCAGACAACAACAACAGAGACUAAAGGUAGCUAUUCUCGUCAAUUUAGGUGGUCUACAGAAUGUAUUUUAAACAAGACAACAAAGACUUAAAAUGCACAUGCAGGUCUUUCGCUCUAUUUGGAUUCUUCAGCCUCCCAUAUUUUCAAUUUGCCUGUGAAGUAGCUAUCAUAGCCAGACAACAACAGCAGAGAACCAAGGUAGCUGUUCCACGGGGGCUGAACCUUCUGGCUGUCUGUCUCCCCACCCCCUGAUCUAAGCAGCAGUAUUUGUGUUGUUCUGCUGUCCAAGGGCCACUUUCUGACAGCUUGCUCCACCAGGUUGCCAGACCCGUGCCAAAGCACAUUGAGUAAACCCAGUCCUCCUGCAGAAGAAUCCUACACAGUGUGUGUGUGAGUGGAGGUGUUUGUGUGGGUGUGGGUGUGUGUGUCUCUUUGAGUGUGUGUCUGUGUGUUUGUGGGUCUCUUUUUCUGUCUGCCUGUAUGUAUGUCUGUCUGUCUGUCUGUCUGUGUUUCUGCGUCCGAGCGAGUGUUUGUGUGUAUUCAUAUCCUGUUCAACAGCAGGGGUGCGUUCCCUUCCCUCACGUAAACAAACAGCCAUAGCUGCCAGACCAGACAACAGGCCCAUGGGAGCAUGUCUCUGUGGGAUUUACUGUCUCUGUGAAUCUACCCACAAAACAACAUGUCUAUUUGUGUCUGUUUGGGAGUAAUGUAGCAGGGUGGUGGAAUGGUAAAUGAUAUAUGAUCUAUCUUUAUAGUCUAUGCAGCAGCAGAUGAACUGCUAUGCAUAGAGAUCCUUAUUUGAGUUGACUUCUUAGUGUUCUUAUUAAUUUCUCUGGUGCUAAUUUGAAUCAACACUGUAAUUACACUGUACUUGCCUCAACACUGUAACACUGCCUCAACAUUGUAAUUACACUGUAUCUACUGUAUAAUGGUUGAAGCCAGCAUAAGUUGAUAUAAAGUGGAACCAUUUAAUUAAGCACUAUACAGCGUUUCAAACUUCUAAAUGAAUUAGAGGAUUUUCUGUUAAUGGGAAAUAAACUCUUGGAGAUUGAGGGGCAGGAGCACAUUAUGAUUUAGUUCACAAGUCCAACAUGGGUGGUGGGUCAGAGGCCAGUUGUGUUAAAAGGUGAGGACAUGUUCAGGAAAGUAGUCCCAGUGCCCUCGGUGCGAGAGACAAAGUGAAAUAUUCAUAUAAACUAAAAUAUUGAUGCUCCACAGCACAAGGAGAAAACACACAGUGUAUAUGACUGUUUUAGGGCAGACGCAUAUUUUUAGGUGAAUCGUGACUCAAAAUGGUUUGUUGCUGCACUGUGUUUCUUUAGGUGUUUUCUGUCUUUUUACAGUACAUUGACUUUAUUGCUAGAAAAUAACUGAGUUAAUAGUAAAUACUAUGUGACUAUUUGUACGGCCUAAGUAUGUCGUGAGAUUUGGCAUACAUUUUCUAUAAUUUGGUACUAAUGGUCCUGUGUGGCUCAGUUGGUAAGAGCAUGGUGCUAGCAAUGCCAGGGUCGUGGGUUUGAAUACUAAAAUAUAUACACUCACUGCACUGUAAGUUCCUUUGGAUAAACGUGUCUGCUAAAUAGUACAUAUAAAUAAUUACUGCAAUGGGCUAAAAUGACCAACAAAGAUUGCUAGUUAUUAACAAUAACUUUUUGACCUUCAGUUCCCGUCUCCCUGCUACCCGCAGGCCCAUGAGAGACUGGAGGAGCCCAAGCUGGAGGCAGUGAGUGAAAACAACAUGGAGCUGGUGCAGGACAUCCUGAAGGAGCUCACUCCCCUCACGCACAGGAGCAAGGCCGCAGACGAACUGGCACGCAUAUUGAAGGAGCCACACUUCCAGGUCGACACAUUCAAUGUUUUAGUUCAUGCUUUAUAUCAUAGCUGAUCUAGAAUCAGGUCCCUCAUGUCCAUGCAAUCUUAUUCAUCAUGAUCUAAAAGGCUAAACUGAUCCUAGAUCAGCACUCCAACUCUGAGACUUCUACUCCAUUCUCAAAGAAAUACCUUAUUGAGGGGAAACUGACCUAACUGAUAUAGCUACCAUGGAUGCCAUGCUACUUUGUUUAAUGUAUCCAAUGCAGUCUUCUUAAGAUCAGUUGUGAAUAUUACUGUCUUACUAGAACAAUUCUAUCCUACAGUAUGUGCCAUGCCAUCAUCAACAUCAUGAUCCUCUGCCCCUAUUGGUCCACAGUCUCUCAUGGAAACCCAUGAUUCGGUGGCCUCCAAGACCUUUGAGACUCCUCCUCCCAGCCCCUGUUCCUUCAUGGACGCUGCCUUCAACAACCAGCCCGUGCCCCCAGACGCAGUCAGGAUGGUGGGCAUCCGCAAGGUGUCUGGAGAGCACCUGGUAAGACUCAGUGAGGGACAAGAAAUGCUGGACACCCUGGCAGCCAUUUUGAAAUGGCUUACUUUACAGGGGUUUACAGUGCAACUGUUUGUUGAGUUGUGGUGUGGUUCUUUAUGAAACUAAGAAAGAAAAUGGUGGUCCUUGUUAAACCUUUGUUAGUACUUCUAUUCAUGGUCAUGGAUGUUUUCCUCUUCUUUGACUCGGCUCAGGUAGGUAAAAACCAAUGGAAACAGUAAUGUAAAAUAAAGUGCUACAUCUUUGUCUUUGUAGGGUGUGACAUUUCGGGUGGAGAGUGGAGAGCUGGUGAUCGCCCGCAUCCUUCACGGCGGGAUGAUCGACCAGCAGGGCCUCCUCUACGUGGGUGAUAUUAUCAAGGAGGUGAAUGCAAAAGAGGUGGGCAAUGACCCCAAGGUGCUCCAGCAGAUGCUGAAGGAGGCCAGCGGCAGCGUGGUGCUCAAGAUCCUCCCCAGCUACCAGGAGCCUCACACCCCACGCCAG